AUGACUUCGCUUCCUGAACGCUGCGUAGUCGGCAGAGAAGCCCGCUCGGCGCUAAGCAAAGCUGCUUCCUCUUUUAUCCUCUAUGUAACUUCGACUGCUGCUGCUCACUGUGAAUCUGCUCGACGAAAAACAUUAUCCGCCAGCGAUGUUUUGGCGGCUCUGAAAGACAUGCAAUUCGGACACCUGGAGCCAUUGCUGACUGAAUUUCUGCAUAGUUGA